UCACCGACAUCCAUGGAGCCGAUCACCGCAUCUCCGCUGCCCGCAUCCGCGUGUCUUCCUGCGGGGCGCGCAUGACUCCGUGCGUGAGGAGACGGACGCGGUGAUCGGUGUGGUUUUCUCGGGGUGGUGGUGGUGGUGCUGCUGGUGGGGGGAGAAGCUGAGGAACCCACAGCGGUCCACCAUUGUUUGCAUAGAAAUAAGAAUGGCCUGGUUGUGGAAGAGGAAGUCGCUGAUCGCCACCAGUCUGAUCGUGGCGGUGUCGCUCUUCGUGGUCGUGGUGAACUACUCGGAGAAGCCUUACUUCCUGCUGCAGCCCGUGUUCGGCCAGACGUUCAGCAGCCACUGGAUGUUCUCCAAGCAGCCGUACAAGGCCUUCAAGCCUCACCUGGGCUACGUCAGUAUCCCCAAGCAGACGCCCCUGAAGCUGCACUGUGAGCUCUGCAGCAUCGUGUCCAGCUCCGGCCAGAUGCUGGGCCAGGCCGCCGGCCCACAGAUCGACCGCUCGCCCUGCAUCUGGCGCAUGAACAACGCUCCGACUCGGGGGUUCGAGCCCGACGUGGGCCGCCGCACCACGCUGAGGGUCGUGUCCCACACCAGCGUCCCCCUGCUGCUGCAGAAGCCCCAGCACUUCUUCGGGCAGGGCAACGACACCAUCUACGUGGUGUGGGGGCCGCUGCGGAACAUGAGGACGGACGGGAAGGGCAUCGUGUACAACAUGCUGCGGCAGGCGGCGGAGAACUACCCCCACGCACGCAUCUACGUCACCACGGAGGACAGGAUGAACUACUGCGACAUGGUCUUCAAGAAGGAGACGGGGAAAGACAGGAUCCAGUCCGGCUCCUACCUCAGCACCGGCUGGUUCACCCUCAUCCUCGCCAUGGACAUGUGCAAAGAGAUCCAUAUCUACGGCAUGAUAAAUGACACCUACUGCAAGACGGAGGGUUACAGGAAGGUUCCCUAUCACUACUACGAGGCCGGCAGCCGGGACGAGUGUGCAGAGUACGUGCUCCACGAGAGCGCCCCCUACGGAGGACACCGCUUCAUCACUGAGAAAUCGGUGUUCGCCAAGUGGGCCAAGCCUCACGCCAUCAAGUUCUUCAACCCACCGUGGCAGCUGUCGUGACCCGGGCUGAACCAGCAGGGAGAUCCAGCAUCUUCAUCAUCAGCAUCGUCGUCAAAGACCGACUGAGUCUCUACACCGACAGAGAGCAAGUUUCCUAAUGGGCACAAAUAUCAAAUUCAGCACUUCGUUCACUCCAUAUCUUUCUCAAAGCGUUUUGUUCAGGGCUGACUGGUUUACGGUGGUGCCUCCUCAACCCAGACUCUUCUUGUGUUUGACCGAUUUGAGGUCCGACAGAGAAAUCACAUCUCCUGCUUCUUGAACAUUUAGUCCUUUUCUCCUGCAGCUGAGAGCUGAGGGAGGAGCACAGCAGCUCUGCGCUGACUAAUCGAUCCAUUCGCUGCUCUGUGAGUUCAGCAAAGGAUCGCUCCAAGACUAACUCCAAAAAGAAAAGAAAACCAGCAUGAAGAAGAAACAACCAUCCUUCAACUCCCAGUGUCCUCGGCAGCUCAGAUGUCCUCAGGCAAAUGCUGCAUUUACAUUUUCUUUCUGCAGGACGCUGGUGGAAGAGGAUCUGAGUCCCGUCGAGGUCUGACGAGCUCGGCCGCUCUGUCUCCUCUGGGUGACGCUCUCCUGUCAGGCUGUAAUUAAUCUAUAACCAGUAUAACACAGGCCUUCAUCUCUGACUGAGGGAGUAUGGAGAGCAGAUUGUCUGUCAGUUUUCAUUCUCUCCGCUUCAUUUGAAGACGCUUCGACAAAACAAGGUCAUUUGAAAAAGAUAAAUCCAGAGUUCAGUCGUACUCCGAAGGUGAAACCGAGGUGUGGAUGUAAAUCUGCUUUUCGCUGUGUCUCGACUCGCACAGCUUCAAGAUGUCAGCUUUUUUAUACAAUGCUGUGAAAAUUGCAUUUCAAGAGACAUGUUUUGGCGUUAACUUGAUGUCCAGAUGGUUUUUCUUAUUUAUUCCGCACUAGGGACGAGUCCCCGGCGCUUGCUAAGUGAGCGUACCACUGACAGAGCGACCAUCACAGCAUGUAGAGCCACGUGCAAUUAGAAAGCCCAUCCUUCCGGAGGGAGGAAAGUCAUUUGUGACCCUGCUGAGGGAGAGAUUAAUGUGUGCGGUGGAACAAUUCGAAGUUAAUUGCAUUGCAUUAUCAUUUUGUGCCUGUAAUAUACUCUGCAGUUUGUGUGGGGGACGGGAGAAGGUGUCCACACGCCGGUGUCUCGCUCAUCUCCUCGUCCAGCUUCGUGCCUCUUUGUGAACACAUCGUCCCCUUUGUCUCCGGACACAGCGAGCGUGGCUCCGGCUCCGGCUGUUUAGCAUUUGAAUGCGUCUGUUCCAGGACAGUGAAGAAUCAUCUUUGAAGUGCUGAGGUGUGCAGGUUGUCUGGUGGCUGAGAGGCUCAGGCUGCGUCCGUGUCUCCCUCUCGUUCCUGUGAUUAGUGUCCCGCUCGGAGGGAAGGACCGGAACUAUUCAACGACUUCUUAAUGAGCCGACGUGAUGCACAGGGUCCCUGAGGACUGUGAUGUGCUGCGGCUGAGCUUCACCGUCUCACUCUGCACUAAUUAACCUCCACACACACAUUUCUCUGUAAGCACUGAUUUGAGUGAGUUAAAGGACAGAAGGUAUGAAGCAUUGUGGGUAAAUUAAAACACGAAGGUUCAUCUUCAUCAGAAACAAAUGUUUGACAAAAGUUGUUUUUACAUUUAGUUACACUUCACAUUUCAGAGUGAUCCGACCUACGCAGUGAGAUAUAAUGUUUAAAAUCAGUUUGGACAUCUGAACAUAAAACUUGUCAGUGCAGAAAAGUAUUGUGUCUGAUAUUAAUUAAUUACUAAUAUUAUUUCCACUUUACCGAAUCUCGAUGGAUUUUACAGCUACAGAUGGAAAAACUGUGCAGUUUGACUUUCUGAGUUUGUUUAUUUCCUAAUUUUAAACAUUUAGAGCAAAUUUAGUUGGAACAGUUUUGUCAAGCUGCUUUUUUUCCUUCUUGUCAAGAUUGAACAUCUGCGUGCACUUUGCAGACGUUGUUAAAUUGAUAUGCAUGGAGCAUACAUAUCAAUAUGCAUCUCGAUGACAACUGAGCAAACUCCUCACAGACACACAAUAUAAAGACUCAGAUGAAGCUGCUCACUUCAAACACAUUUAGUCUAGUUUUAGCUCAGACGUCUCGACGCACUGACCUGAACGUCACCGGAGUCGUGCUCACUGGAGUUUUGUGUGUCUGCUGCAUAUUUAGAAACGUUUUUGACAUCUUUCAAAAUCAAGAGCAGAAAAAAAUCUGUUUUUCUCCAGCGACACAACCCUGAUAGACUCUCCGACCGACUCACAACUCGACACCCGUCCGUCCUGGUGUCACCUUGUCGCUCGCUGAGAGUCGACCCGGCUGACAGGAGCAUCAGCAAAAUGUAAAACGUCCUGUUUUAAAUUCCCCCCCGGUGUCGCUCGGCAGAUCGGAGUUGGCCGUUACACGUCGCGGGGUCACGGGGUCGGAUCUCCUCUGGGACGACGUGCACGCUGGAGAUGUGUUCGGUCCCAGGAUCAAGGUAUCCGACCACAUGAUGGAUGCAAAGCUGAAGCUUCUCACACAGUUAUUUCUCUCGUGUCCAGGAAGCCUGACGAUCCGAGCCGGGUCUCAGGGAAGAGUUUGAAACGAUACCUGAGGAGACUGACACGUGAACUCACACAACCUGCUACACAUUCUACACACUUUUCACACACAUUUCCCCUCAGCCUGUGAUUGUGCAGUCGUCUGGCAGCUUCCCACCGAUCAGCUUUUACCUCUCACUGUACAGAGAAGCCACCGGCACACACCAGCAGAAGAAAUGAACGAUUGCGUGAAGAAACAUUUGAUCCGAUUUGUUUAAUGUGUUAACUGUUGAACUCACAACUGGAAUAAGAGCACUGUGUUCCCUCUGUUCAUGCUCUUCUUUUUGUCGUGUUAAAUGAUGGUUGCUGUUUUUUGUUGUUCUUUUUUGUCGAUGCAGUGCUUUGUGUGCAGCUUCCACAUUCUGCUGCAGGUUGUGUGUUGCCAACACAUUCUGCUGCUUCAGGCACACUCACUUAAUUUCUGAUCAACAAACAACUCCCAUUGUUCUCAGAACACACUGCGGGAAUGUGUUACAGUGGAUAUUAAGGUGGAUACGCCUUCUCGUGUACGCUGCCAUGAAUCAUUCAUGUUUCACACAUUCGCUCUGUGACACCCGGUUGGGAACUGUGUGUGUGUGUGUGUGUGUGUGUGUGUAAGCUAAGCUAACCGGUGCCAGCAUCAUAACAAACUUACAGACGUAUGAAUGUUAUCAUCAAUCCUCACAUAUAACUUUCUACCAAAAAUUGAUUAAGUGUACAUUUAAAAUUGUCAUAUUAUUCCUUUAGUAGUAGAAAAUAUCUGCUGGAACUUAACAAUCAUUCUUUCAAAUGGAAAAUAUCCUUUUUUGCCUCCGUCUCAGUUCACACUCACAGGGAUAAUUGAUUAUUCAAAGUAAACGUGUGAACAGCCAUAAUUAUAUUCCUAAAAACAUCAAACUAUUUCUUCAAAGGAAACAUAUUCUGCUCAUUGUCAGUUUCAUAAUGUUCAUGUUAUUCCUUGAGAAGGUUUUCAUGCUCUUAUGUUCAGAAAACACAUCACGUUGCUCACAAGGCUGCAGCUCCUCUUUUCAGCCUCUGUCUCAAACACGCUCCUGUCUCUUUAAAGCCCCCCCCACCCCUCCUGAUGAAGCCCACUCUGCUCUGAUUGGUCAGCUGGCCCCGUCUGUUUGUGAUUGGUCAACCUUUAACGUUUUUAGACAAGUUUAUAUUCACUAAACGCCUGAAAAAGCAUCAAAUGUCUCGUUUAACAUGUUUUGAAUUGUUGUGAAUCUCAGAUUUUGUCUUGUUCUGUUUCCACUCACACUUUGUACUGAUCAUUAAAUGAUCUCAUCUCAUGCUCCGAGCUCUGAAGCUGGUUUCAGCCUCUCAACCCUCGGAAGCAAACUUUACUCUGUCCCUCCUGAAUGCAGCGUCUCCGUAGCUGCUUGGGAACCGAGGUGGAACGAGCUCCAUCUGUUUGAAGGUCGCUUCACUUAAAACAGAGACUGUUACUGGAACUUCUGGAACUCAAGGACAGUGGAAACGAUUUCACAGUUUUUUCAAAUGCCCUCGUUGCUUCAGCUCUUUUUCCUGCUGUGAUCAGUCGAGCUAAUUUGGAGCCGGCGAGUUUCGAUUGUCUGACUCCAGAUCGAAAACCUUUCAGGUCCCGUUUGACUCGUUCCCCCCGACUCUCCUACUUGUUGCCAUUUUUGUUUCAAAUGUCUCAAACUGUUUUCUUGCAUCGAGAACUUUGUUCCGUUUUCUCCCGUGUGCAUGUCUUACUAUUAUCAUUUGUGUCGUGAAUCACUUUCCUCUGUUGUGUUCUGGUCAAGUGUCCUUGUGAAACCUGUAACUUUGGGUGUGUUUGAGUUACAAAGAAUGUAAUAUAACACCGAGGUUGUUAUAAACUAUCAGAUAAGUAGUUUUUUUGCUAACACGUCUAACAAGCUCCUUUUUUAUUGGUGGAAAAAUUAAACAUCCAAAAGCUGCAUGGAUCGUUGCAGGUUAUUGAAAUGUAAACGUUCUGUCGAAACAAAUAGUGAUUAAAUGUGUUGUUCCGUA